AAUAAAUUUUUGCUUCGAAGAUACCAAACCAAAGAUUUAUCCAGUUGCUGCUUCUUCUCCGGCGAAAAAACCAUCAUUCAUCGCUCAAAUUUUCACCAUUUCAUUCUGCUUCUUCGAAUACAUGCACUUGCAAGCGAUUAUUCAUACUGCAUGAUUGCAUCAGAAACCUUCAUUAAAUCAAACCGAGUUUCGCAAUGACCACACUAACAAGCAGUAGUUUCACGAGUACACUGAACCUAGGGUUUCGUAUACGACCAAAUCGUACCGAUUUCACGCGAUUUCGACAUUACGACAGGAGAAAUUAUGGUUAUUAUGAUAACAACAGCUGUGUGUUGUCUAGUAGAGACGUAUUAUCGAAAAGUACAGUGAGAAUUGCAGGUUUAGUGGAUAAUAAGGGUUUUAUUGGUGGAUUUGAGUGUUAUGCUAGUGGUAAUGACGGUGGUGGUGGCAAUCGAGAGGACGGUGAUACCGCUAAUGAGUCGAAUCUUACUGAGGUGGAUUCCGAUAAACCGGUGGUGCCUCCGGGUGUUAUGUCUUCUGGACAGCCAACCUUUUCUCCAGAUGGGUUAACAUAUAAUAACUUUCAAGUUGACUCUUUUAAACUUAUGGAACUUCUCGGACCAGAAAAAGUUGACCCUGUUGACGUAAAGCUCAUAAAGGACAAACUAUUCGGCUACUCAACUUUCUGGGUAACAAAGGAGGAACCAUUUGGAGAUUUCGGUGAAGGUAUCCUUUUUCUUGGAAAUCUUAGAGGAAAUAGGGAAGACGUUUUUGCCAAACUUCAGAGUCAAUUGGCUGAAAUUAUGGGAGAUAAGUAUAACCUAUUCAUGGUAGAGGAACCCAACUCGGAAAAUCCGGAUCCACGUGGCGGUCCACGGGUUAGCUUCGGUAUGUUGAGGAAAGAGGUUUCGGAACCCGGGCCCACAACACUUUGGCAGUAUGUUAUUGCUGUCUUAUUGUUUGUUCUCACCAUCGGUUCUUCUGUGGAGCUAGGAAUUGCAUCUCAGAUCAAUCGUCUUCCUCCUGAGAUAGUUAAGUACUUUACAGAUCCAGAUGCCAUUGAACCACCAGAUAUGCAACUGCUUUAUCCAUUUGUUGAACCCGCUUUGCCACUGGCUUAUGGAGUUCUGGGUGUUCAGUUAUUUCAUGAAGUUGGGCAUUUUCUUGCUGCCUUCCCGAAGAACGUAAAAUUGAGCAUUCCCUUUUUCAUUCCCAAUAUCACUCUCGGAAGCUUUGGGGCAAUCACUCAGUUUAAAUCGAUUCUUCCAGAUAGAAAAACGAAAGUCGAUAUCUCUCUAGCUGGCCCAUUUGCAGGGGCCGCACUAUCACUUUCAAUGUUUGCUGUUGGGCUGCUGCUUUCUUUAAAACCAGAAGCUGCAGCUGAUAUGGUGCAGGUUCCUAGCAUGCUUUUUCAGGGCUCUCUACUCCUAGGGCUCAUUAGUAGAGCAACUUUAGGUUAUACUGCGCUGCAUGGAGCCACAGUGUCCAUCCAUCCACUUGUAAUUGCUGGCUGGUGUGGUUUGACUACUUCAGCUUUCAAUAUGCUCCCAAUCGGAUGCCUUGACGGCGGAAGAGUGGUUCAGGGUGCUUUUGGGAAGGAUGCACUUGUUGGAUUUGGUUUAACGACAUAUUUGUUACUUGGGCUUGGAGUGCUCGGUGGACCUUUGUCGCUUCCUUGGGGAUUAUAUGUGCUAAUAUGCCAGAGGUCGCCGGAAAAACCUUGCCUGAAUGACGUGACAGAAGUCGGAACAUGGCGGAGAACGGCGGUGACAGUGGCGAUAUUUCUAGUUGUUUUAAUACUUCUGCCGGUAUGGGAUGAGUUAGCAGAAGAGUUGGGUAUUGGUCUUGUAACCACAUUUUAAUACACAAUAAAACAGAAUAAGAAAUCAUACAAUUUCAUAUUUAGAAAGCCAUUAAAAUAUAAUUUCAUAACCA